GCCCGUUGAUUUUUAAUUUUAUUUUUCGUCAACAACUUUUCCUCUUCUGGACCCAGACCCCGCUCACUUCCUCCUUCGUCUCGUCCUUUUUGGCGGGUUCUCUGAAUUGAGAUGUGGUGGAUUUGGGGGGGCGGGGGAGAUGGAGGCGGGGGGCUCCUUUUCGUCGUUCCUGCAGAGGGUGGUUGACACGUGGCGCGAUUUCACCGGUUCUCCGAGCGGGGGUAGGGCGGCCAAGGAAGCCGAUGUUGCCCCCUCCCCACGAUCGGGAUCGCGAUCGUAUGUGCAGGAGUUCCAAUCAGAGCGCGAUUUUGCGCGGUUGCUCCACGAAGGGGACCCAGUGGUCGUGGCCUUCACCAUAGCUUGCGCCCACACAAAGGUGCUGGAUAAAGCCCUAGAGGAUGCCGCCAAGGAGUUUGAUGGGCUAAUUAAGUUCAUGAGAGUGGAGUGCCCCAAGUACCCGGGGUUCUGCAUCUCGCGCCAGAGGAGGGACUACCCCUUUGUGGAGAUAUUCCACAGCCCGAAGCAGUCGCAGAGAGAGCACAUGAAGGGAGCAGGACAGCAAGGACAGGGAUCCGUAACUACCUUCUCUGUCAAUGUCCUUCCGUACACCUACGAUUGGAGCGCGUACGGCUUCCGAGAGUUCUUCAGAAAGUCUGCGGCGGUGGGUGCGUGCAGUCUAAAUUUCUUGGAUGAUCAGGACAUAGAGAUGGUGAGACCAGCAGGCUGGGACGAUCAAGCCAAUAAUCCAGCAAGCCCUAUUUCUGAAGAGGAGGUUCUCUCUGCCCUGCAGAUCAUUUUACUGCCUCAGAACUAUCCUCUGCAUGUUAUGUGUAAUCUUGGGCGGCACAGGACAGGAACGGUGAUCGGCUGCCUAAGAAAGCUGCAGCGAUGGAACCUGACCGCAAUUUUCGAGGAAUAUAGACGAUAUGCGGGGAGCAAAGUUCGUCUGCUCAAUGAACAGUUCAUCGAACUGUUCGAUACUGAUCUUGUGACGAUACCUGUGGAGCACCCAUUGUGGCUGUGAUGGCGCUGAUCUUGUGUGAGAGACCGUAAUGACCACAGAUCGGUGUGCAACCGUCGUGUACCUGUGAUCGACACAAAUGAAACUUGUUGCCAAUGCCUACAGAUCGGGAGUGCGGCUGUCUCGUAACUUCGCUGGAUACAAAUUUUUAUCUGGUCGCCUCGAAGCUUAACGGGGUUCAAACUUUGAAGCUCAUCGGCGGUGGCAGGGGAUCGAUUGGCCGUGCUGGGUUAACCAUCUGCAGUGUACAGCCUGCAGCUCGCGCUGAUGGGUACUUGGAGAUUCCCAGCUCAGCAUUGCAGGAUUGAGCAGUUGUGGGCGUCGACCAGUUGUAAUACUUUGUAUGUUAGUUACGAUGUUCAGCUGCUGGCGAGCAGAAGUGUGUGCUAUCCAUGCUCAUGCUCAUCAAUAGCCAUGAUAAGCCGAAGUGGCUGGAGGUUAAUCUAUAGAAGCCAUACUUAUCAGCAGUACUGGGGGUGGCUAACCAUGGUUAGUGGUUAGCAACUUAGCAGAGUGGCUAGCGGCUAGCCAUAGCCAUGGUUAGUGGUUAGCAGAAGUGGUGGGAGUGGCUAUCUGUAGCCGUGGUUAGCAGAAUGGCUGGCGGCUAACCAUAGCCAUGCUUAGCAGAAUGGCUGGCGGCUAACCAUAGCCAUGCUUAGCAGAAUGGCUGGCGGCUAACCAUAGUCAUGCUUAGCACAAUGGCUGGCGGCUAACCAUAGCCAUGGUUAGUGGUUAGUAGAAGUGACUGGUGGGUAACCAUAGCCGUGGUUAACAGAGUGCUGGGGGUGGGUGACCGUCCCUAGCCACGGUUACCAGACCUCACGGGGGUGCCUGACCAUAGCCAUGGUUUCGAGAGGUGGCAGCUAUCGGUAGCCAUGGUUAGCAAAGUGGCUGGCUGUAGCCAUAGCCAUUGUUAGCACUGCUUGUUAACCAUAGCCAUGGACAAUGGUUAGUGGCAGUGGUUGCUUGUCAUCGCGCUAUGGUUCGCGUACGACCAUUAAACAUAUUGCUAAGCGUGACACAUCGGCUUGUAAUCGGGCCUGUAUGUCUGGCACAUGAUCAGUAAUUGGGCCUGCAUAUCUGCCACAUGAUCGGCUUGUAAUCGGGCCUGAAUAUCUGCCACAUGAUGAUCCUCUGGCUUUUUUAACUUUUAAGUUUAACGCUCCAGCUUGCGCAUCACACCGCUUAUGAUGUGGUAGGAAUGUCCCAACCGCUUUUGCGUGCGCGUCUUUGAGUAUCUCAGGAUUGUGUUGUAUGGACAGUUGUUAUCGAAAGAGAGGGCUUGCAUUCCGUUCUUCGUGGCUGUGCCGAACUGGGCGGAUGCCCUUGCUUCACUGAUUUCGCUGACUUCACGCCUUUGGCGUAGGAUAUGUCACCUGGGAGGUGCUGAUUGGUUGGCCUCUUAGGAUAUAAUAUAGCCCACCGGUUUGGUGUUUGUUUGUUGGCAUCCUAGGGUAGGGUAUGUCACCCUGGGACGUGUUCAUUUCACUCACCUGAUUCCAGUGGAGUUCGAACUCGGUCUGUAUUUCAACAAUUCAGGGGUGUCUCUUAACUGAGCUACACCAGUUGGUGUGUGGAACGUGUUCAUCAGUUCGCACCGAACUAAGGUGUUCGUUGCUUGGAGUCUUUUAGGGAAACUGUUGGCUGUCACUGUAUUUGCAGAACGCAGGGUUAUUCUUCUCUUACCUAUGACGAUCAUUCCUCUUUUACGGCUUGCGGACCGUAUAUUAGUCUCAAGGCAAGGUCUUUGCAGAUUGCCAAACCUAAGGAAAGGUGAGCUUAGGGAGAGGGCUAGGCGCUGGCGGUGCUCUCUCCCCAUGCUAGGAAAGCAGGAAUCUGGCUGUUGAACUGACUGUGUUCAUGCUAGAUUAGCAUAAUCGUAUACAAGUAGGGUACGAGACGCUUGCACAAAUCUUUGGGGCAGCGGCUGUCCAGUAGUUUGUCGAAUGUCUAUUCUCAAAUCUUUGAGGGUGAUGCAUUCUCCUCAAGUCCAUGGAGAUUUUUGGCAGUCUCAAGUUUUUUGAACAGGCGGAUGAAGCAGGUGGCGAAGAUGUUGACGUAGGAGGUUGGUAAUGGUUCACGGAGACCUUCCGGGGAUGUGAAGACAAAGCGUUGGAGAACAGAGCGGAGAGGUGACUUGCGAUGGAUCGGUUGAUGUAAUGCCUAAGCAAGUGCUGUACUACAUGGUUUAUUUGCUCAGCUUGGCCAUUGGACUCAGGGUGAUUUGCUGCUUCCAUUUGCAUUUGGCUUCCCAUCUGCUGUAUCCACAUCUGCUGUGAAGAUGAAGCAUGCACAGCGAAGCAUUCCCUCACCUUGAUUGGUCAAGAUGAAGCUGGAGCCAUGUCGGAUACAGCACUGUCAAAACUUAGAAUGAUUUCCCCGUUCCCUCCUUUUAAUGAUUGAUUGGUUUACGUGAUUGAUUGGUUUACGGAUUGGUGGGUGAUUGAUUGGAUCGAUUUGAGAUGAGUAAGUGACUGAGUGAGUGAAUUUGUGAGUGGCUAAGUGAGGUAUAGCGAGUGAGCGAGC